UGUUCCAAACGUCUUUUAAAUUAAGGAGAAAACUUGAUUCUGCAUCAUGGAUUCCCUUCCAUCCCGAUUAUUUUGUCUUUUUGCUACAGCCAAUCUGUGGAUCGGAGAAGCUUUGGCAAAGGAAUAUUGUGGAUCUCAUGAAGGAAAAGAAUACUUCUGUGAUGAAGGCCAAUGCUGUGGAGACUUUGACUGUUGUAACUACUUCAAGUACUACAAGGCCUGGUGGUUUUGGCUGGUUUGGGCUGUGAUAAGCAUAUUGGGAUGCUGCUGUGCAUAUCAACGCAGACGUCACUACGGAUGGCAUGGACACAUCAGGAAUUUCAUUUACCCAUUGGCUCCAGCCAGAACAGAAGAUCAACCACUUACUCCCUAUGAGGAAUUUUUUUCUUAUCCCAAGUACAAUUUGCCAUCUUAUGCUGAAGUAGAAGCUAUGGGUAGCCUGGGACCUCCAUCAGAUGUAGAAAAUGCACCGCCCCCUUAUGCGGACCCACUAGCAAAUGAGAAUUUGGAAGAUGAUGCAGACAACUUUCAAAAUGGUGAAAUAUUUUUGCAGAGUGAAGGGGAUCAUGAAAGUUCAACUCCCCUUAUCCCUCCUGACACAGAAGAGCAGACAUCAGAGAAUUCAUAACAAUUAGUCUCAUAAUUUCUUUUUCUCAGCUGAAAGAGAAAUGUGUGUGCACAAAAAUGUCAAUGCAUGUGACAUUUCAAGCUGGUGUAGACUCAGAGUAGAACAGUUGUGAAUAUGGGUUGUGGUGAUAAAUUCAAAACAUAUUUUCCUCACAUUACAUCAAACAUGAGCACUUGAAAUAAUUAUGAGGGAAAUAUUAUAUUACACUGUGUUCAGUAGCAUCAAUCAAAUAAGAAGAUCAGUACAUAUUAGCAAACCAAACCACAAAGUACUUUAUGUUCCUCAGUGUCCAGUUAAGAUUUUUCAGGUGUGAUUAUCCUGUUUUGCCCCAAAAAAUCACAUGCAAGACAAAUUUCAAAUGUUCACAGAGAGCAUAAUCAAGAAUAUGGUAUGGAUUGAAUAAUAGUAAUAAUAAUUACAAUUUUCUUUAUAGCACUUAUAGCAAGCCUCUAAGUACUUUACAAUGUGUGUGUGAGAGAAACAAAUUUUAAAUAAAGAUAAAGUGUUUGAAAGUCCCUACUGGCAGGAGGCAGAUCAGUUGGCUAUUUAGUGAGGGCUUGAGCUCAGGGCAACCAAGAACAAAUCCAGUGACUAGCAGGGUGGAGGACUUGAACCCAGGAUACUGGAUUACAAGUCCAGCACCCUAACUACUCAGCUAUGCUGAGUGAACCUAGCAGGUGACAUGCUUUUCCUAUGAAUGGGAUAAACAGUACAUUCAGAACCCUCUACCUCAAUGAAUCUUUGAGUUUAAACCUAUAGGCCUCAUUCAAAUCUCCUUGUACUGUAGUGUAAGACUCGUGCAGUAAUCAAACUUGUAAUACAGAGUUAUGAUCAUGUUACAAUUGAACUGUACUGUAUGUAUGUAAAUAUUAUCCUUUAACUUGUAUCAUAAUUGCUUUUUGAUGGAAUAUGUCAAAAAGAAUACUGGUGUAUAAUAAUUUAUAGAAUCAAUGUACAGGUAGGUAGAUUUAUGAACAAUGCGAGACAAACAUUUGUAUUUUACUCCCAUGUUUUGGAAAGGGUAAAGAUGUAAAGAAGUAAUCCUGUCCAAAAUUGUGAGAGAAAAUAACCUGUGAAGGUGUAGAAAAUAACCUCUUACUGAGCAAAGUAGAGAUUGAUUUCUCAAGCAGCCUGAAUCUAGUUAUGUGUUUAUCAUUAUUCACACAUUUAAAUAAUGUCAUGUUUGUGUGUUUCAGGUUUAAAACAAUACCAUUAUGUUACUAAACAGCAGUGAAUUAUUUUUGAUAUUCUUGCAUAUGUAUAAAACAACACUUAAAUUAAAUUUAUUUAAUAUAAUACCACAAUUGGUGUUCAAUUUAGAUUAAAUUACAAAAAUCAACUUUA